UAAAGUCUGCACUGAUUGGUCGUGAGCACUUCCUGCAUUGCCGGAAGUAAGCAGAGAAGUCAACAUGGGGACGCGUUUGAAGGUCCUAAGCGCGUUUAAAGCGCUGCACAGAACAAGGAUGGCUGUAUUUAAAGAUGAUGGUGCAGCACUGACAGCUGCAAGGUUAAAGAUCAACGAGGAGUUCCGGAAAAACAGAAAUGAAACAUCAGAAGAAAACAUUAAAAAGAUGAUCAAAAUGGGCUCAGAUGUGGAAGCUGUUCUUCGAGAGUCAGUGUUACAAAUGGAACAUGUAGGAGACAAUAAACUAUUGCUUCGACCCAGAGAGAGCCUUCUGCUAGAAAAUGUUCCCUAUUGUGACCAACCCAAGAAAAAGUCAUGACACACCAUCUGAUUACAUCUUUUUCAUAAAAAAGAGACUAUUAUCCAUUACCACCUAGUACCCAAACAACAUUUCAAGUUGAUUUCCUGAACAAAGAUCAUCGCUACACGGACAAAUCCCUGUUUCACUGAAGAUCUCAUCUGUUUCACUUUAUGAAAUCUGUGCUUUAAACUGGAUGCUGUAUAGUAUUUUGUUAAAUGUUGUGUUUUCAUUUCAUUUGGAAGUUUUCUGCCUACUUAUGACAACUGAAGGAGGAAAAUUUGUUGCUACUGAAGAAUCUUUUUCAUUGUGUUAUGAUUAAAGAGGUGUAUUCCCAAA